AUGAGUAUGAAUGUAUUAUAUCAUUAUUCAAUAUUUGCCAACAAUGUAAAUAUAAUAAUAUUCUGUAAAUGUUUAUUAAAUAAAUUUAUUAGUUUUUUAUUUAAUAAUGUAGAGAUUGGUAAUUAUUAUAAAAAAAACUUUUAUCAAAAUUAAUAUUUUAACAAGGAAAAUAAUGGCAUUUAUAAAGAGUACUUUCAUACUACAAUCUAUAUUUAAUUUUUAAUAGUACCUUAUUAAUAAUGAUAGAAAUAAAGCACUAAAAAGUUUAAUAUAACAAGUAAUCAGAUAAAGAUACAAUAAUUGUAAAAGUAAAAUAUAAAACAUUUGUUAAUUUAAAAUUAUUCAGGGUAUAAGCUCGUGAUAUUUUUUUUUAUAUUGAUUUAAAUGGCAUUGUACAACAAAAUUCUGACAAAUAAAUUAAAACUGUAAAAAUAAUAUGAAUUUUACGUUACACAUACAUAAAUAUACUUUUUUCUUUCAUAAUUUGACAAAUACUUUAUUCACCAUCUACAAUUUAAAUUUAUUGAAUAUAAUAAUGUUCUUUAAAACAUUUAAAAUAAAUACAUUGAAAAUAAUUCUAAACAUUUUACUUAAAUUAUUAUUUUAGUUUGUUAGCAUCUACUUUUAUUUUAACUAACAGCUGCUGUAUAUUUUCCUUCUUUUAACAAUUCUUCAUUAUUCUUCACUUGCAUUUCUCGUAAUGCUGGUCGAACAUAUUUAAAAUAAAUAUAUCCUUUAUAUACUAAAGCUGCUCCAGAAACUACUGUAAGACCCAUUAAUACCAUUACACACCCUCUAUGAAGUUUAUCUAAAAUAUAACUUCGUUUGGCAUAUUUUGGAAUCAUUAUUAAUUGUAUCGCAACAAUCUUUAAAAUAUAUAAAUCUGGAACAUAUAUAUUUAUUUCUACAAAUCACAUAACUGAAAAACGUAAUAAAAUUUAUUCAAUUUAUAAUUUUUAUAUAUUAAUUACAUAAUUUAUUAUAAGUACCUGUGUUAAAAACAGUAUAAGUGAAAAUAAAUACAAGAGCACGCAGGAUUACAAAGCUUUGAUUUCUAUUGUUUUCCAAAAUAUUAAGCGUUUUAUAUUUGAGGUUAGGUGUCCGCACGUUCUGUUCAAGCAAAUACAGAAAACUAUAUUUGAUAUGACACGAUGUUGAGAAGAAGAAUAAAUUUAUAAAUAUAGAAUUUUGAAUUUAUAAAUAUCUAUAAAUAUAUAAAUAUAGAAUUUUCAAUCUAUAAAUGUUUAUAAAUAUAUAAAUAUAGAAUUUUUAAUCUAUAAAUAUCUAUAAAUAUAUAAAUACAGAAUUUUCAAUCUAUAAAUAUCUAUAAAUAUAAAAAUAUAGAAUUUUCAAAAACAAGUAUUAAUGAACUUGAUAUGUUUCUAAUAACACUUUAUAUUUUAUAUUGUUCAAAUAAACAUAUAAAACCAUAUUUUUAAAGUUAUCUAAUUCUUACACAACUUACAAUACAGAUUUAUAUUUAUACAAACAAUAUUAUAUAAUUAUUUAUUACAUGUUUUUAUAUCUUAGAGUACGUAAAAUAGUUUUAACAACAUUAUUUUUUUAAUAAAAUAGCAAAAAUAAGGUUCAUUGUUAAUUUUUUAGAAAUUCAUUAUACAUUGUUGAAUCUACAUCCAAAACUAUCUCGUCCAAUGAAGGCCCUUGUUGUGAUACUGGUAAUUCUAAAAUAAAAAUGAUCUCUAUUACACUUUAAAAUUAAAUUAAUUUUGUACUCUUAAAAUAUAUUAAGACAUACUUGAUAUAGAUCCUGUUGCUUUAUAUUCUUUAAGUUCUUCUUUAAAAACUUCAUCAAAUGUUUCUCGUCUUUCUUUCAUCAUUUUCUGUUGUUUAAAUUCAUAUUUUGAUACCCUUUCAGUAUGCUCGUCAGCCAAUUUUGCUAAAAUUCACAUUUUUGUGUUACUGUGAUUAAUACAUUUCAAAUACUGUACAAUACUAUACCUUUAAUAACAUUUAAUUCUGCAAGUUUUUUCUCUUUAUAUAAAGCUAAUUGAAAUCUGUGAUCCAAUUGUCUAUUUUGCAAAUCCAACAUCUCAUUUAAAUCCUCCAAUCGAUAUAUUGCACCUUCUACCUCCUCAAACAUUUCUUGUAAUGUUCCUUUAGUAACACAAAAUAUUAAAAGUUUGUUUUUUAUACUCAUGUUUUUAUUAAAAAUAUAUUUAAAAUAGUACCUAUUUGAUCCAUAA